AGAUCUGGACUGGGGAAUUGAGUCGUCGUCUUCUUCUCAGAGGCUGCUUAGUUUAGAAGCUUUUUUAAAGUUCCAGUCCUCUAGAUUAAUCGAACAAAAGACAAGAAGAAGAAACACGGUUACAGAAAAAGCUAUUAUGGGUGUCGGGAUAAACGCGAUGGCGGUGACGUUUGUGGCACACGCGCUGGCGGUAAUCGCGGCGGUUAUGGUGCUGGUUUGGAGUAUUAGUUACAGAGGUGGAUUGGCCUGGGAAGCUACUAACAAGAAUCUCAUCUUCAAUCUGCAUCCUGUUCUGAUGCUCAUUGGAUUUAUAAUCUUGGGAGGAGAAGCCAUUAUAAGUUACAAAGCGCUUCCGCUGGAGAAACCAGUGAAGAAGUUGAUCCACCUUAUACUCCAUGCCAUUGCUCUGGCUCUUGGGAUCUUUGGCAUCUGUGCAGCCUUCAAGAACCAUAAUGAAAGUGGAAUCCCGAACCUCUACAGUCUCCAUUCCUGGAUUGGUAUUGGAGUCAUUUCCCUUUAUGGCUUCCAGUGGGUGUACAGCUUCAUAGUGUUCUUCUUCCCAGGAGGAUCAGCAAAUCUGAGAAGCGGGUUGCUUCCGUGGCACGCGAUGCUCGGCCUAUUUGCUUAUAUACUUGCGGUUGGGAAUGCAGCUUUAGGGUUUCUGGAAAAGCUGACUUUCUUGGAGAAUGGAGGGCUUGACAAGUAUGGAUCCGAAGCAUUUCUCAUAAACUUCACGGCCAUUGUCACUAUCCUGUUUGGUGCCUUUGUGGUACUCACUGCUUCUGCUAAGUCUCCGUCAUCUUCCUCCCCCAAUGAUGAUACUGUUGACUACAGCUACUCUGCUAUAUAAAAAAACUUUCUACAUUUCCACUUACAUCUGUAUUGCCCCUUGUACUGUCAAAACUCCAUUUAUAUAUGAUGCGUUUGUAGCUAAAAGCUUUGUGUUUUGCUACUUCUGGUGUGUAAAAUCUUCAAUAUCUUGAUAAAAUUUGUAAGUUAUUUAUCGUUCAAUACUGCUACUGUUCACAUGUGUUCUC